UCGGUCGAAAGAGAGGAAAGACAGCUAGCCAAAGACAGCGGAAAGGUCUAUGGAGACGGUCUCGCCGAGGCUGGAGGAGCAGCGCCCGGACCUCGGGAACUGGACAGGCCUCUCCACUGGCGAAGAGGGGUGGAGCCCUGAACAGGGCCGCCUCUCUUCUUUCCCGGGGCCUGGGCGGAGAGGGAGGAAAACUUCCUGGCUGGGACUCUGGCGGUUUUUGCCUGCCAGCUCUCCGAUCCCGCCUACCAGUAUUGGCUCUUCCCGACCCCUCCCCCGGCGCCCCCAGAGUCCGCCAUGGCCAAAGCCUACGACCACCUCUUCAAGUUACUGCUGAUCGGGGACUCGGGGGUGGGCAAGACCUGUCUAAUUAUUCGCUUUGCAGAGGACAACUUCAACAGCACUUACAUCUCCACCAUCGGAAUCGAUUUCAAGAUCCGAACUGUGGAGAUUGAGGGGAAGAGGAUCAAACUGCAAGUCUGCUCCACCCCCAGUGCUGCAAAAGCUAAGCUCUUAGGAAAAGACUUUCCCUCCCUCUUGGAGCUUCUUGCUUCCAUUUCACCCUGUGAAAACUUCUGCUUCAGGGACACGGCUGGCCAAGAACGAUUCAAGACAAUAACUACAGCCUAUUACCGAGGCGCCAUGGGUAUUAUCCUAGUAUAUGACAUCACAGAUGAAAAAUCCUUCGAGAAUAUUCAGAACUGGAUGAAAAGCAUCAAAGAGAACGCUUCUGCUGGCGUGGAGCGUCUUCUGCUGGGGAACAAGUGUGACAUGGAGGCCAAGAGGAAGGUGCAGAAAGAGCAGGCAGACAAGUUGGCUCGAGAGCACGGAAUUCGAUUUUUUGAGACAAGUGCCAAAUCCAGUAUGAAUGUGGAUGAGGCUUUCAAUUCCCUGGCACGUGACAUCUUGCUCAAGUCGGGAGGCCGGAGAUCGGGAAACAACGGCAAGCCCUCCAGCGCUGACCUGAAACCAUCUGACAAGAAAAACACCAACAAGUGCUCCCUGGGCUGAAGUGGAGUCCUUGCCUCCUCCCCACAGUGCUCCCUGGGCUGAGGGACAGUCCUUGCCUCCUCCCCACAGUGCUCCCUGGGCUGAAGGGGAGUCCUUGCCUCCUCCCCACAGUGCUCCCUGGGCUGAGAGACAGUCCUUGCCUCCUCCCCACAGUGCUCCCUGGGCUGAAGGACAGUCCUUGCCUCCUCCCCACAGUGCUCCCUGGGCUGAAGGACAGUCCUUGCCUCCUCCCCACAGUGCUCCCUAGGCUGAAGGACAGUCCUUGCCUCCUCCUCGCACUGAACCUGGAGGCUAGACCUGAGAGAGGUGGGCUGUGGGGUUGGCUGCACAGGGGAGAAACCUGUGAGACCUAGAGGGGCAGAUGAACUGGUGAUCAGGAGAACGAGGAUGAAGAAAAGGAAGAAAGGGGCAGGGGAGAGGAGGGGAAAGGAAUCAAGGAUGGGAAAGGUGAAAAGGGUUUGAGAAGAGGAAAGAAAGAAUAAUGGUCUCAGGUCCUGGACUGUCCUUGGGUUCAAAGUCAAACAUUAAUGUAAAUAUGUUGAUUUCUCCAUUACUGGUUCAGGUUUAGGGCCCAGAGAGGCUGGCUCAGCACUGCUCUGGAGGUCGCUCGCUCAUGCAUGGUCUUUGUUGGUAUUAAAGGCCACUGUUUUACAUGGA